GCGCCCCCUGCAGACCGCUCACAGCACUCCCCCCUGACGUCUCUCCGCGCCGGCUCGUUUUUUCCCUCUAAUUGGUUUCGCUCGGGCCAGUCCGUGGAGAGCUCACCUGCUUUUAAUUGGACUAUCGCGACAAGUUGCCGAACUGACGUCAACGCAACCGGUUGACAACUUUUCGCGCGACGAUAUCUGAUGAUUUUCGCGCGAGACUAAUUGACUGCACCACGCAGGGACGCGCUGUUCAGCAGCAAACCAGGCUGACGAGACGAACGAGGGGAACGGGCGCAGGCGUCUCCAGUCCGUGCUUGGAUGCAUGGAUGUAGGGGAGAGGAGGUUCGGAGCUUCUCGGCAUGGACCAAACAGCUUCCAGUUGAGAGCUACAGAGCAGGGACACCGAUUUCAUACAUACAUCAAUAAUCAGGAGUAGGGUAUUUUCUCCCUACCAGCCGCUCCAUCUAUUUCCCCUGAAAUCAGCAGAGAUACAUUUUUUAUUUUUUUUUUUUUUUUUUUUUGCGCAAGUGGUCGGUGCGCCCCUGCCUCCGGAUCCAUGGGUUGCACUGUAAGUGCUGAGGAUAAGGCUGCGGCGGAGAGGUCAAAGAUGAUUGACAAAAACCUCCGAGAAGAUGGAGAGAAAGCAGCAAGAGAGGUGAAAUUGCUUUUGUUAGGUGCUGGGGAGUCUGGAAAGAGCACCAUUGUAAAGCAAAUGAAGAUCAUCCAUGAAGACGGCUACUCAGAAGAUGAGUGUAAGCAGUAUAGAGCAGUUGUUUACAGUAAUACGAUCCAGUCGAUUAUGGCCAUUGUUAAAGCCAUGGCCAGCCUCAAGAUAAACUACAGUGACCCUGCCAGAACGGACGAUGCCCAGCAGCUUUUCGCUCUCGCUGCAGCUGCGGAGGAGCAAGGCAUUCUUCCUGAAGACCUGGCCAACGUGAUCAGGCGGUUGUGGGCCGACAGCGGCAUACAGAGUUGCUUUACGAGGUCGCGAGAAUACCAGCUCAAUGACUCAGCAGCGUAUUACCUGAAUGAUCUGGAGAGGAUAGCUAAAGCAGAUUACAUCCCCACCCAGCAAGAUGUGCUACGCACUCGGGUUAAGACAACCGGCAUCGUUGAGACUCACUUCACCUUCAAGGAAUUGCACUUCAAAAUGUUUGAUGUGGGAGGCCAGCGGUCAGAGAGAAAGAAGUGGAUUCAUUGCUUUGAAGGAGUAACAGCCAUUAUCUUUUGUGUUGCACUGAGUGCAUAUGACCUGGUGCUGGCUGAGGAUGAAGAGAUGAACCGAAUGCAUGAGAGUAUGAAGCUUUUUGACUCCAUCUGCAACAACAAGUGGUUCACAGAAACCUCCAUCAUCCUCUUCCUCAACAAGAAGGACCUCUUCGAAGAGAAGAUUACUCGCAGCCCUCUCACCAUCUGCUUCCCUGAAUACACAGGAGCCAACAAGUUUGAUGAAGCUGCCAGUUACAUCCAGACCAAGUUUGAGGACCUGAACAAGAAAAAGGACACCAAGGAGAUUUACACCCACUUCACUUGUGCCACUGACACCAAGAACGUUCAGUUUGUCUUCGAUGCUGUCACUGAUGUUAUUAUUAAGAAUAACCUGAAAGACUGUGGUCUUUUCUAAAGGACAGCACCCAUCACAAACAGACUGCAUGAGAGACUACAAUAGCCAUGUGAUGAUUCCUGCUUUUUCAUAAUGAAAACCAUGAUGUGUUCAUUUUUGUUUUGGAAAGAGGAACCUGUCAGAACUUCUGUAAUCACUGAUCCACAUUCACCGUCAUCCACAUUUCUCUGUAAUGAGUUUUUUUUUUUAAAUUCAUAAUACAUAUUUGGUCCUAAAACACAAUUUAUAUUGUAAUUUUAAACUGUGACACUUUAAUAAGAUCUGUCUUUGUAGCUUUUGUUUAAAAUGCAAAACAUGACAUGUUAUCACAGCACAAUGGUGGUGGAUAUAGAGAAGAUUUUGAAAGAAUUUAAUCAUUAAUUGACCCUUUUAAUGCCACAUGCAGUGAUGGUUUUAUUUCAUUUUCCUAUCAUUUUGUCUUGAUAUUGGCUGACAAAAAGGAAACAAAACAAAAAACUUUUUUUUAUACAUAUAUAAAAAAGCACAUGAAUCUCUGUCAACAUUCAUUUAGGACCCUUAUAAACUGCACAGAGAUUAUUUUUAGAAAAAAACUAAGCACGGAAACAGAAACUGGAUUAAGGAUAAAUGUUUUUUUGUACACUGUUUACACAGAGUCAAUAUUCACACAUGUAUAGUGGAUCAUUCUGCAUGAACCUCCAUAGAUUAUUAGCCUGUAAUCUCCUCCCAUAAACUGAUUAACAACCCCAUAGCAUCAUGUUAAAAAAACAAAAAAAGCAGAAAUGGUUAAUGUGUCACUUUUAAGGUAUAUGUAAGACUUUUAAAUGGUUAUGUCUGUUCCCAACAAGGAUUGUUCUGUCGGUCUUUUCAUUCCAAGUCUUUUUAAACAUAUGUUUGUGCCUUGAUAUCUGUUUACACUUGUUCUUUAGAGACAUGCCAUCUUCAUUGUGUGAAUUAGGGCUAUUUUUAUUCCACCCAAGUUCACGGGAUCUGAGAUUUAUGAUGCAACACCACACAAAGACAAAUGGAUGAUCGUUGUUCAUUAAUAUUAUUCUGAUUCUCUUGUUAAAUGUAAAUAAAGUUUGACCACAUUCA